AUGUCGGCCGCCGGCGGCGGCAGUCCGCUGCGGCGAGUGGGCGCCGCCGCGCUCGCCGCCGCCGCUGGCGGAGUCGUGGUGGCCAACGGCCUGUUCGGCGUCCUCGACAACACCGGCGACGAGCUCGCCGACUUGCUCGGAGUCGACGAGGUGCCGCAGGCGGCGAUCGCGGCGGUGCGGCUGCUGCAGCCGCUGUAUGAGCCGCUCAAGGCUGUGCCCCGAGUUCAACGAGGCAGCGCGGUCUGGGGCGGCGGCAUCGUGCUGAGCCGGUACAUGGAGGAGCUCGGCAGCGCGUUUUGGGAGGGCAAGCGCGUCCUUGAGCUAGGCACCGGCACCGGCUUGGGGUCGGUGACCGCGACAAAGCUGGGAGCGGCGCGCGUGCUCGCGACAGACCGCGACGCAAAGGUGUUUGCGCUCGCUGCGCAGAACGCGCAGGCGAACGGCGUCGGCGGGACGGUCUCGGCGGCGUCGCUCUCCUGGGGAAGGCCGGGGCCCGAAGCGGCCGACAGCCCCCUCGCGCAAUCGUGGGACGUCGCCAUCGGCGCAGACGUCACGUACAAUCGCGACGCGUGGCCGGUGCUCUUUGAGACCAUCGAGGCGGCGAGGGACGCGAUGCGCAAGGCCGGGCUCGCGUUCGAGCUCGUCGACUCGCCGAUGCGCAACGGCUACGGCGCCGACAAGGUGAAGCUCUUCUGGGUGAGGGGCCCGCAGGCCCCGACCCAAGAAGGCGCCGGCAAAGGGAGGGAAGGCAUCCUUAGUGUCACAGGUGUGUGA